GUUUUCUUUGUUUGGUGAAAUUCGUCAAUGACUGCUCCACCAGCAAGAGCUAGAGCUGUUUAUGAUUACCUCAUAAAGCUUCUAUUGAUCGGCGAUGUAGGUGUUGGUAAUAGUUGCCUUCUUCUGCGGUUCUCUGAUGGUUCCUUCACAACCAGUUUUAUCACCACCAUUGGUAUUGAUUUUAAGAUAAGAACCACUGAGCUUGAUGGAAAACGAAUUAAGCUCCAAAUUUGGAAUACAGCUGGACAGGAGAGGUUUCGGACAAUCACAACCGCUUAUUAUCGUGGUGCUAUGGGAAUCUUGCUGGUCUAUGAUGUCACAGAUGAAUCAUCCUUCAACAAUAUUAGGAAUUGGAUUCGGAACAUUGAACAGCAUGCAUCUGAUAAUGUUAACAAGAUAUUGGUAGGGAACAAGGCAGACAUGGAUGAAAGCAAAAGGGCUGUGCCUACCUCAAAGGGACAAACACUUGGUGAUGAGUAUGGAAUAAUUUUUUUUGAAACCAGUGCAAAGACAAAUAUAAAUGUGGAGGAAGUUUUCUUUUCAAUGGCGAAGGACAUAAAACAAAGACUCGCUGAUACCGACUCUAGGGCUGAGCCUUCGACCAUCAAGAUCAAUCAACCUGACGCAGCAGGUGGGGCAGGUCAAGCUGCACAAACAUCGGGUUGCUGUGGUUCAACCUAAGGCGAUUAGAUUUGGUCCAACACGAGUAAAUAUUGGAUCUU